UUUUUAUGGUAAAGGUAUUUGAAACAUUUGAAAUGUAUGAAGUGGAUCAUUUAAAAUAUUCAGCUUAUAUAUGCGGAAUUUAAGUAGAUGUUAUCAUACUGAAUAUAUUACUAACGGUUAAAGUGUAUGGAAUAAAAGAUAGAACGAGAACUAUAGUUAAGUCCUGUGCUAACAGACAUUAACUUUAAUCAUGGAAUUAAAGCCUUCAGAAAUAUAUUAUUCCCAGGAUUCCAUAAACAAUGUAUUUGACAAAAGAAGUCAACAUAGCUACAAACUCAUUGGAGAAACUUUGGAUGAUAUCUGUGAAGAGAGAUGCAGCGUCUUGUCAAUACCUCCAAUUACCGUGAAGUCAGUACGCGGAAAAUGGAUAACAGCGGACAACCGCCGACUGUGGGUGUUGAAACACCUAGAGCGUCUCGGGAAAAUAGAAACGAUCAACGUGCAUAUAACCGGAUACAUACCACCUAGGAAAAUGACGUCAAAAAACGGUGGAGUUUCAAUUAAAGUGAGAGGACACGUAGGUGGGCGGUGGUUUUCAGAACCCACUAAGCUAACUGCGUCAACACUAGAGGUACAGAAGAAAAACACACUAGUGUGCGCGCCUUGUGAAACAAACCAUAAUCAGCCUUUUGUGACCGAAAAGGUCAGAGAUAUCGACAGUCACAACAUAAAAUAUGUAAGACAAUAUGAUAACCCUGAUCCCAAUGAUUACCCUGAUGCAAAUGAUUACCCUGAUGCCAAUGAUUACCCUAAUGCUAAUGAUUACCCUGAUCCCAAUGAUUUCCCUGAUCCUAAUGAUUACCCUGAUCCCAAUUAUUACCCUGAUGCCAAUGAUUACCCUGAUCCCGAUGAUUACACUGAUACAAAUGAAAACCCUGAUGCCAAUGAUUACCCUGAUCCCAAUAAUUACCCUUAUCCUAAUGAUUACCCUGAUGCCAAUGAUUAUCCUGAUGCAAAUUAUUACCCUGAUCCCAAUGAUUACCCUGAUGCCAAUUAUUACCCUAAUCCCAAUGAUUACCCUGAGCCCAAUGAUUAUCCUGAUGCAAAUGAUUACCCUGAUGCUUAUGAUUACCCUGAUCCCAAUGAUUACCCUGAUCCCAAUGAUUACCCUGAUGCUAAUGGUUACCCUGAUCCCAAUGAUUACCCUGAUGCAAAUGAUUACCCUGAUGCUUAUGAUUAUCCUGAUCCCAAUGAUUACCCUUAUGCCAAUGAUUACCCUGAUCUCUAUGAUUACCCUGAUGCUAAUGGUUACCCUGAUCCAAAUGAUUACCCUGAUCCCAAUGAUAACCCUGAUCCCUAUGAUUACCCUGAUGCCAAUGAUUAUCCUGAUGCAAAUUAUUACCCUGAUCCCAAUGAUUACCCUGAUGCCAAUGAUUACCCUGAUCCCAAUGAUUACCCUGAGCCCAAUGAUUAUCCUGAUGCAAAUGAUUACCAUGAUGCGUAUGAUUACCCUGAUCCCAAUGAUUACCCUGAUCCCAAUGAUUACCCUGAUCCCAAUGAUUACCCUGAUGCUAAUGGUUACCCUGAUCCCAAUGAUUACCCUGAUGCAAAUGAUUACCCUGAUCUCUAUGAUUACCCUGAUGCUAAUGGUUACCCUGAUCCAAAUGAUUACCAUGAUCCCAAUGAUAACCCUGAUCCCUAUGAUUACCCUGAUGCCAAUGAUUACGCGGAUCUCAAUGAUUACCCUGAUCCCAUUGAUUACACUGAUUUCAAUGAUUACCCUGAUCCCAAUGAUUAUCCUGAUCCCAAUGAUAACCCUGAUCCCAAUGAUGAUCCUGAUGCAAAUGAUUAUCCUGAUGCUUAUGAUUACCAUGAUCCCAAUGAUUACCCUGAUGCCAAUGAUUACCCUGAUCCCAAUGAUUACCCUGAUGCUAAUGGUUACCCUGAUCCCAAUGAUUACCCUGAUCUCUAUGAUUACCCUGAUGCUUAUGAUUACCCUGAUCCCAAUGAUUACCCUUAUGCCAAUGAUUAACCUGAUGCUUAUGAUUACCCUGAUCCCAAUGAUUACCCUUAUGCCAAUGAUUACCCUGAUCUCUAUGAUUACCCUGAUGCUAAUGGUUACCCUGAUCCAAAUGAUUAUUCUGAUGCAAAUGAUUACCCUGAUCCCAUUGA